AUGUCUUUCCCCGUCCCCCCUGCAGGCCCUCUCGGUGCGCUCGAGUCUCCCGACGCUCUGCCAGUAAUCGUCGAAGAAGUCACAGCCGCCUGGUUCAGCAAGAUCUUCGGCAAGCCAGUCGAGACAGUAGAACUCGUCGAGCCCAUCCACGGAACGGCAAGCAAGCUGCUCUACAAGCUCACAUACAAGAACAGCGACGAUGCUGCGUCGCUCCCCACCCAUGUCUGCGUCAAAGGCGGCUUCAACCCGGCUCUCAUCAAGAUUCACCCAAGUUUGAACGCCGUCUACCGCCGCGAAGCCGAGUUCUUCUACCACGUUGCCCCCAGUGUCUCGAUGCGCCUUCCGCCUGUCUGGUACAGCGGGAGCGACACCGUGACCGGCCAGGGGAUCGUGGUUUUCGAUGAUCUCAAGGCAAAAGGCCAGAAAUUCGGCAACCCGCUCCAGCCGUGGCCAGUUGAGCGGGUGCGCGAGGGCACAGCCGAGCUCGCUUACCUUCACGCCAAAACAUGGGGAGCGACCGAGAAGGACUUCCCCUGGCUCAAAGAAGGGCUUUCGCUGCGCGAGGUGAUCCUGUCGAUGAUGGGCGAGGAGGCGUGGGCCGCGCGCUUUUUCGACGAAGAAGCCAAGCCACCCGUCACAGAUGGCAUGACCGACCGCGAGCGCAUGGUGCGCGCCUUCAAGACGCUCUGGGCCACGACCAACCCGGCACAUGUGGUGGUGGCGCACGGCGACACCCACAUCGGCAACACCUUCAUCACGGCCGAGGGCGCGCCAGGCUUCCUCGACUGGCAAGGUCUGCACUUCAACUCGUUCAUGCACGACAUCACUUACUUCAUUGUCGGCGCCCUGACCAUCGAGGACCGCCGCGCCCACGAAAUCGAGCUGUUCGACCACUACCUCGCCACGCUCCAUGCCGCGGGCGGGCCGAAGCUCGACCGCGCCGAGCUUUGGGACGAGUACCGCAAGCACCAACUCCACGGCUUCGCCUGGUCCCUGACGCCCCCCAUGAUGCAGCCCAAGGACAUUGUCGACACCAUGACGGCGCGCCACGUCGCGGCCAUUGUCGACCACCAGAGUCUGGAAUUGCUGGAGAGCCUGCCGGGGUAUGUCACAGAGGUGUAG